AUGAAUACGUACGAAUGGACUUUCGCCCGUUGUGCUCGUAAGUUUUCAAUGCAAAAAAGUAAUGUGACGCGCCGCGCCAAAUCGCACGACGGAGUAAAAUUUCAACGUGCUCUACGCCCGAAAUCGUUCGCGCGUAAAGACAACCGCGAUAUCCACGUUGAAAUUUUUCAUCGUGACGGAAUAGUCGCCAAGUCGGCAAUUCCCCCGCAGGCCGGACCAUCAAUGGUACCAUCGACUUCAACCGGGCCAUGGACUACCGACGAAGGAAACGACGAGCUGUUUAUGGAUAUCGGUGUGGAUGUUUACCGUGGUAAGAUUUAUUUUAUUACGCCCCACCGCGUAGCGAGAGAAUCGGUUUUAAUUUUUUUUUUUUUUUUUUUUCAUUUUGUGUCGGUAGGAAACGUACGCUUACCCACAUAACAUGGAUCCAUGAAUAUCGUAUUAAUUACAAAUUUUUUUACGCACGUCACGAAGUACGAUUUUAGCGGAUUGACAUAUUCAACCCCGCUUUCGGACAUUAACACAUUUGACAAAAAUUAUUCGAACGUGUCCGUAAAUGUUUACGGGCCGAAGAAACAAGCAAAAAAAAAAAAUAAAAAAAAAAAAAAAAAAAACGGUAUGUACCGUUUUUCCACUUGAAGUAGCAGACGAGGAGAACAAGGCGCACCAUCUCGAUCUCCUUUUAAUUACCAAAGAAGAAAAAAACAACGUUACACCUACAUAUCGAAUUUUUCCCGUCUUGUACGGUCACAGAAAACCGAAUGAAAAAGUAAUUUUCUGUAAACUGCGUUUUACGGCUUUCGAUAACGGACCGAGGACGAAAUUGAGCGGGCAGGAUCAACAUAAAAUGAUAUGCGGUGAACAUAAACCGAUUUUGCCCGUCAUUCAAAAUUAGAAUUUGAUGCUUGUGGAAAUUAGUCAGCGAGUGGAAAAAUUAUUAUGACGGACGAAGAGCGGGAGAAUCAUUUCACCUGUGAAAUAUGUAAUUUAUGUAAAAAUUAAUUUUAUUUUCAAAAUUAUAAAGUCGCCGACCACAACCACUUGUCGGGCAUAUUCAGGCAGACGCUGUGCAAUACUUGUAAUUUGAAAUUGCGGGUACCUAAAUUUGUCCCGUGCUUCUUCCACAACCUCUCUAAUUACGACUCACAUUUCAUCGUCACGGAGCUGGGUUAUUACGCGCAAACGAUUUCCGUCAUUCGUAACAACGAAGAAAAAUUUAUUUCAUUUUCGAUAUAUGUGAGCAACACGUUCUCCGUACGAUUUAUUGAUACGUGCCGGUUCAUGGCGUCGAGUCUGUCAGCUCUCGCAUCAAACCUCGGAACACCAGAUUUCGGAAAGUUCAGAGAAACACGGAAAGUGUUCAACACCGAGGAUGUGCCGCUGGUGACGAGAAAAGGAGUUUACCCGGACGAAUACACGGAUAAUUGGGAGAAAUUAGAAGAAAACACGUCACCAAGGAAAGAGGAGUUUUAUAGCGCGCUGACAGAGACAGACAUUGGUGACGCAGAUUACGAGCACGGAAAGGCGGUAUGGACGCAUUUCGAUUGUAGGACGUUGGGAGAAUACAGUGAAUUAUAUUUGGAGAUUGACGUCAUGCUGUUGGUGGACGUGUUCGAAAAUGUCCGCGACAUUUGUAUGAAGACGUAUAAUUUAGAUCCGGCGUACUAUUACACGGCGGCCGGAUUCAGCUUAGACUGUAUGCUGAAAUACACGGCUAUUGAAUUAGAACAUCUGACAGACUACGAUAUGUUGCCGAUGUUCGAAAGUGGUAAAAAUUUUAUAUUAUUUUAUACAUAUUAACUAUUAUUAUAUUUAUUUGAUUUUAUAGGUAUACGUGGAGGAUUGGUACAUGCGAGCAAACGAUAUGGGAAUGCGAACAAUUUUACGGUGGAAGACUAUGUCGAGACUAAAGAAGAUUUAUGGAUUAUAUGAGGAUUAUUUAAGGAUUGUAAGUAUAAAUUUUUUUUUUUUCAAUAAUAUUUUACAAAUACUUAUAAAAAUAUAUGUAUACAUCAUACUUAUAAUUUUUUACUGUUUGUUUUAGGUAACAAUUUGUAUGGCAUGGCCAUGUUACAGUACAUGCCCCACGGCGGGUUCCAGUGGAAAGAACCUACAUUAGACGGUUUGGAGGAACUGACGGACACUUCUGAUAUCGGGCGAGUAUACGAAGUGGAUAUAGCGUACCCGGAACACCUACACGUGGACCACAACGACCUACCAUUGUUACCGAAUAACAGAUCACCAGGCUCGAAGGUGAAGAAGUUGAUGGUGACGUUGGAAGAGAAGAAUAAUUAUAUCAUACACUACAGAAAUUUGAAGCAGGCGAUAGCUAAUGGACUGAUUAUUAAAAAGGUAAACACUUUUAUUCAUUUAAUUAAUUGUAUUUAUUAUAUUUUUUGUAUUAUUUAUGUUACAGAUACAUAGAGUCCUACAGUUUGAACAAUCACCAUGGCUUGCAAAAUACAUUAGUUUAAAUACAGAAAUGAGGAAGAAGGCAGCUAAUGAUUUUGAAAAAAAUGUCUACAAACUUAUGAACAAUGCUGUUUUUGGUAAGUUCUUAUUAUUAUUAUUAUUAUUAAAACUUAUAUGUUAUUAUAUUAUUAUGUUUUUCUAGGUAAGAUGAUGGAAUCAAUGAGACGGAGAAUCAAUAUCAAACUAGUAUCCUGUGAGAAGAGAAUGCAGAAACUUAUAAACAAAACAAAGUUUAAACACUGUACUUCCUACAAUGAAAACUUGUGUGCUGUAUCGUUGGAGAACAAGAUUAUACAUUUUUGCGAACCGAUCUAUAUUGGCUUUGUUGUGUUGGACAUUUUAAAAACAAAAAUGUAGGACUAUCAUUACAAUUUUAUGAAGAAGCAUUUCAAAAACUAUGGUAAAUUAUUAUUACUUUUUUUUUCUUUUAACAUAUUAUAUUGUUUUUCGGAUUCAUUAGUGUAUCAUAUUAGGACUAAAGAUUUGUAUGUGGGCCUGUUGAAAAAACCCGGGCUGUUGGAGUGCACGGACACGGCUAACCUACCGAGAGACCACUCGUGCUAUGUUGCAGAGAGGAAGAAAAUACCAGGUCUUUUCUAG